UCUUCAGACACAGGGUCCAACAGCAUGUCUGUGCUCCAGCAGCCUGUGUCUGAGUCAGUCCAGCCAGGAGACUCUGUGACCUUGAACUGUACAAUACACACUGAGACCUGUGCAGGAGAACACAGUGUCUAUUGGUUCAGACAUGGCUCAGGAGAAUCCCGUCCAGGAAUCAUUUACACCCAUGGAGACAGGAGUGAUCAGUGUGAGAAGAUCUCUGAGGCUGGGUCUCCUCCACAGAGCUGUGUCUACAACCUCCCCAAGAGGAACCUCAGCCUCUCUGAUGCUGGGACUUACUACUGUGCUGUGGCCUCAUGUGGGGAGAUGCUGUUUGGGAACGGGACCAAGCUGGACAUUGAGGACCAUAGAGCAGAUCCUCUUCUCUUGGUGUCCUGCCUGGGUGUAGUAUUGGGUGUCACGUUCACCUUGAUCAUUGUCCUGGUUUGCAUCAUGUACAAGAUGAACAACACAACAUGUGUGCAGUGCAGAGGACUCGUCUCACAGACCAGAGGUCCUGCAGUUACCCGGUCAGACGCAGGGGACCAAGAUGGAGACAGUCUCCAUUACGUAGCUCUGAAUCUGAGCAACAAGAAGAACAGGUCUAGAAGACAGAGAGGUCACAUGGAGACAGUGGUGUACGCUGGGAUCAGACAGUAGAACUGGAUGAAUGAACCAACGAUCCUUUUAUACWAGAUAACUCUUUAUUAACUAGUUCUAGCUUCAUUAACUAUCUAUGAACGCAUAAGCAGUCAAAUGUGAUGAAAACAGUGGUCAUAGCUUUAUUGUUAUUCAAUGUUGAAAUAAUUGAUUGCGUUGCUUCUCUGACAAACAUAUAUUUUUUUAAUAAUAAUAAUAAUAAUUA